AAAACAUUCCCUAGCACAACACAAUAAUCUAACACUUUCAGGGGGGAUUAUCCUCCAAGCACAUAGAGUCAGUGCUGCAUACAGACGCACACGGGCAGGGAAGCUGCUGCUGCUGCAGUGAGGGGCGCACAGAGAUGCACAGUGUAUAGAGGAGACACCUGUAUCCUUGCGUGGAUGCUUGCACAAGGGCACACACUCACACAAUCACACACAUUCACUAGUACCGGGCUCUCUCGCUCAUUCUGCCAUUGUCUCCGACACACACAGCCCCCUGGAGCCGCUCCUGCCCCCCAGCCCUCCAGUCGCACAGCCUUAUCCCCGGGAGACAUCGCAGGCUGUACAGGCAGCAAGGCUGCACCAUGGGCAAGAAAAUGAAAAGAGGCUGCGAUUGUAAAAGGAUUCUGAAGAACAACUGGCUGCUCAUCACCACUAUUGUGGCUGUCGUCUUAGGUAUUGGGCUCGGAGUGUUGGUUCGGGAAUAUGGCAAGCUUUCGAAUCUGGACAAGAUCUAUUUUGCUUUUCCUGGAGAAAUUCUGAUGAGAAUGCUUAAACUCAUCAUUUUGCCAUUAAUCGUGUCAAGUAUGAUCACAGGUGUUGCUGCCUUGGACUCCAGUGUUUCAGGAAAAAUUGGCCUGCGAGCUAUUGUGUAUUACUUCUGCACCACUGUUAUAGCUGUUAUUUUAGGUAUUGUGUUGGUGGUGAGUAUCAAGCCUGGGGUGUCCCAAAGUGCAGACGAAAUUGAUAGGACUGGCAGCACACCAGAAGUCACUACAGUGGAUGCCCUGUUGGACCUGCUAAGAAAUAUGUUCCCAGAAAACUUAGUCCAAGCCUGCUUCCAACAGUACAAGACUAAGCGGGAAGAGCUGAAGCCAUCCAAGGAGCCUGAUAAGAAUAGCACUGUAGAGGGGAACUACACAAUAGAUUUGGCUCUGCUGGCAUUGGCUGAUCAACAGAACAAAUCAAAGGAAUAUAAAAUAGUUGGCUUGUAUACUGAUGGAGUGAAUGUGCUAGGCCUCAUCGUCUUUUGCCUCGUCUUUGGAAUUGUGAUUGGGAAAAUGGGAGAGAAGGGACAAGUACUGGUGGAUUUUUUCAAUGCCUUAAACGAUGCUACGAUGCAAAUAGUUCAGAUCAUUAUGUGGUACAUGCCAGUGGGCAUAUUAUUUCUGAUUGCUGGAAAGAUUAUUGAAGUUAAUGACUGGGAAAUCUUUCGGAAGCUUGGCUUGUAUAUGGCAACAGUUCUCAGUGGACUAGCAAUCCACUCCAUUGUCAUUCUGCCACUGAUUUACCUUAUAAUAGUGAGAAAGAACCCCUUCCGCUUUGCAAUGGGCAUGGCACAGGCCCUACUUACUGCACUCAUGAUAUCAUCAAGUUCAGCUACCUUGCCUGUUACGUUCCGCUGUGCUGAAGAGAAAAAUCGUGUUGACAAAAGAAUCACUAGAUUUGUUUUACCCGUGGGAGCCACAAUUAACAUGGAUGGAACAGCCCUGUACGAGGCAGUAGCCGCUGUAUUUAUUGCGCAGCUUAAUGACAUGAAUCUUGAUGUUGGUCAGAUAGUAACCAUAAGUGUAACAGCUACAGCAGCCAGUGUGGGAGCAGCAGGAGUGCCGCAGGCUGGAUUGGUUACCAUGGUGAUUGUUCUCAGUGCUGUGGGGCUGCCGGCCGAGGAUGUUACACUUAUCAUAGCAGUUGACUGGCUUCUGGACCGGUUCAGAACAAUGGUUAAUGUGCUUGGAGAUGCCUUUGGGACAGGCAUAGUUGAGAAACUCUCCAAAAGAGAACUUGAGCUGAUGGAUGUAACAUCUGAAGUAAAUAUUGCCAACCCGUUUGCCAUUGAGCCUACUGUGCUAGAGAAUGAGGAUGAUGGAGAUGUAAAAAAAUCCUAUGUGAAUGGAGGCUUUGCUGUUGAUAAAUCAGAUGCCAUAUCUUUUACCCAAACAUCACAAUUCUGAGCCUGUUAGGAUUGACUGUGUACUGAAACUCUUAAGGAAUAUAGAGUGGGAUAGAAUGACACAGACAAAAGAAACAGAAGAGCACUGAGAGUAUGAACUUAAAAUCUGCAAGAGUUUGCAACACCCAAAAGGGACAGUCACCCUUUCCAUCUUGGGAUUCAAAUGUUCUUCUCUAUGGGAUCGGGUUAAAUGGAAAUGGCAACUGUAUAAUAUGUUGCCCAUUCUUUCCAAGCUGUGCCAUCUUACAGCAAGGUUUUGGAAUGUUUCUUUAGAGUUAGCAUGCUCAUAGUCUGGAUGUUGAUAUGGAAGCCAGCAAGAUAAAUCUUAUUGUAUUCGCUCUUCCCAAGCACAGCGUCAAACCAUUUUUAAAGAUGUCCUCUCAAUUCAGUUCUGUACAGCUGGUUGCCUUUAAUGUUUUUUAGACUAUAACAUUACAAACAGUGAUCAUUAUAUUGUGCCAAACAGUUCCUUUUACUUUUCCGACCGGCUGGAAUGCACUGAGAACACGAGAAAAGGUGAACAGUCUUCCAAAGUGUUUUUAUUUGACAGAAGAUAAUAAUUAAGCUUCCUUUAGUAACAAAACCAUACCACAGCUAUGUGCACUUAUAGAACCCAAGAGAAAAGUACUGAUAGCCCGGUGGUUACACCACUUAACAGAUGUAUUGGGUCAUAAACCAGCAUCAUUUUAUUGUUAUUUUAUGGCCUACCUAGUUAACAUGUAAAAUAAAGUGCAAGAAUAUGGCUGAUUUUAUAGGUAUAAAAAUCUAUGGUACUCCCAUGACUUCAGCAAUAGUGUAUAGCAUCUUUGCAAACAGCCAAGCAUGUUAAAUCUAAAUAUAUAUAUACAUUGAAUGUAUAAUUUGUAUACACUGAGCUACAUUAGCAUUAGGCACUUUAAAUCAUCCGACUGGGUUAAAAUCUCAGCAGAAGGAAAGGAAAGAAGAGCUAUUUAAAUACUUUGCCUUUAUUUUUAAUGCUGAGUAUGGGACCUGUUAUCCAGAAUGUUUGGGGCCUGGGGUUUUCCAGAUAAGAGAGUUUUUUUGUGUAAUGUUAAUCACUAUACUUUAAGGCUACUAAAAAUCUUUUAAACAUGAAAUAAACCCAGUAGGGAUUGUUUUGCUUCCAAUAAGAAUUAAUUGUAUCUUGUAUCUAGGUUAUCAAUCAAUGUACUUAUGCAUUUUAACAGAGAAAAGAGAAAUCAUUUUUUAAAAUUUGAAUUCUUUGAUUAAAAUAGAGUCCCUGGAAUAGAGCUUUCCAUAAUUUGGUGCUUUCUAGAUAACAGGUUUCUGGAUAAGGCAUCCCAUACCUUUGUAAAUUAAAAUAACUUCAAAGCAAGGGAGCAAUGUAGGGUUGCUUCUGUCUGUACAUUUAUACUUAAAAAGAAUAUGGCAGGUGGUUGGUUUGACAACAAAAGUGUCUUAAUACAUAGGUGUGGCUAUAGAUAGGCUUUAAUGAAUGAUACACAGUAGCUUUAAAUGCUUUUUACAGCAGUUCAGUUUGUAUGCUUUAUAUUUAUGUAUUAACUGAUCUUUUGUAUCUUUUGUGUCUUUACCCAUGGGAAAAGAGACUAAUGUUAAAUGCAUUGUUAUUGUGUUCAUUACUAGUUUCUAUUCCUGUUGGUACAGACCAGGCCUGUACUGGAAUUCAAAAUUGGCCCUGGUAUUUCUAGUACAUAAAGGCCUUAACACCCC